AUGAAUUAAUAAUUAAAAAAAUUAGCAGUCCUAUUAGUGAGUAAGAAGAAGGACCAUACUUGUCUUCCAAUUCUGCAAUAAAUUCGAAAUUAAUUCCCUUAGCAUUCAUAUUUAAUAGAUGAUGAAUAUAAUAAUCAACCUGUUGAUUUAGUCGUAACCAUCGGCGGGGAUGGAACAAUUUUGUAGAGCUCCAAAACUAGUGUAGGCAUGCUUCUAGGAUGUUCCAAUAAACCGCGACUCCACCCUUUGUGACAUUUGGUAAAGGAACCCUAGGAUUCAUGUGUAUUUACAGCUUAAGGGAUCAAUAUGAGGUUCUGAAGAACUUGCAAACUCCAUAUAAUAUAGAGUUGAAGAAGAGAAUUUAAGGCAGUCUGAAUGGUCAAUACGUCUACACUGCUUUAAAUGACUUUUUCAUAACCAAAGGAAAUAGUAUUCACGUAGUGUGUCUAGACAUCUAUGUUAAUGAUACAUUUGUCACUCAAGCCAGAGGGGGUAUUACUUCAAAGAGUUAUUAUAGAUGGCUUGAUUAUAAGUACUCCAACUGGUUCUACAGCAUAUUGUUUGAGUGCUGGAGGUCCUUUGAUUUAAAACAGAGUCCCUUGCAUCGCUUUAGUACCGAUCUGUCCCUUGUCAUUGUCAUUUCGGCCCUUGAUUUUGCCAUUGGAUGUGAAAAUUAGUAUAAAGAUGAAUGCGAAUUCAAGAGGAGAAGGAGUAGUAAUUUGUGACGGACAAGUACAGUACGAUUUUAAGAGAAAUGAUUGUUUCGAUAUUACUCCUUCUAAAAACGAUGUGCGGUGUAUGUUUUUACCAGAUAUAACAUAGUUGUCGUACCACCGUCACACCAGGAUUUGGACUGGGUCAUAAAAUUGCAGAGAAUGUUAAACUGGAAUUCUAGAUUUUAAUAGCCAAGAGAUUGAAUUAUAUAUAAGAGAAGUAAAAUAAAAUAUAAAAUUAAUUAUUCAUUUAUUAUAUGAGUGAUUCUUCAUCUUAUUUUGAUAUUUAAGGCAAAGGAAUAUGGGAAUAAUGUGAGAAUAAGCUUAAUGAAGUAUUUAAGAUAUGAAAUUUUAGGAAGAUAUACUCUACAAAGGUAUACUGCAAUAUCUAAACAAGCCAACGCAAUUUUGUUUGACUUAAUAUGAAUUGUUUAGAUUUAAAAAAAAUGGAGAAUUAAAAAAAAUAGAACUUUUAACAACUUCCAUUUCUCUAUUAAAUGAUAAUACUAUUUUAUUAUAAAAGAACCACAAAUAGGUUUUCUUAAAAUCAACUCCUCAAAAUAUCAAGGUUUGGUUUGAAUAGAUAAAAAAUAAAUGCAUACAAAAUAAUUUUAGAUUAGAUUAUGAUAUUGGCGAGCUAAUUGGUCAAGGACAGUUCGCAAAUGUAUUUGCAGAGAUAUAUUAUUAGGUUUACAAGAUAACAAGUAAGAAAAAUAAUCAAAAUUAUGCAUUGAAGGUAUUCUAGAAGGUGGCUUUAAAGAAUUUAAACGUAGAUAAUGUUUCCGUAACUAAGGAAAUAUAAAUCAUGAGGCAACUUAAGCAUCCUGGUAUAAUAAAAAUUUAUGAGGUUUAUGAAGACAAAGAGUUUAUUUGCAUAGUUAUGGAAUUGAUGCAAUGUAUUUUUAAUUUUAUCGCUAAUUUUAGAUUCAAUGAAAUAGUAGAAAAAAAGACAUUCUGAACAUUAGUGCGCAUAAAUCAUGUUGCAAUUAUUCAUGGUAUUGCAAUACAUACAUGAUCAUAAAAUAAUCCAUCGAGACAUUAAAGUAUGCUUUCUUCUCUAUUCCUUAAGCCAGACAAUAUCUUAUACAAGAAUCAAGACACAAUUUGUAUCUGCGAUUUUGGCCUUGCUGAUUACUACAAUCCGAUGUCAGUAUAUCAGUAUCAGAGAUGUGGCACUCCAGGUUAUGUAGCACCUGAAGUCUUAAGGGAUUAGAAGUAUGAUUUCAAAGUAGAUGUGUAUUCAGCAGGAAUCAUAUUACAUACUCUCUUAGUAGGCAAACAGCCCUUUGCUGCUCAUUCAUAGAAUAAGGUUGUUCAACUCAAUUACCAAGGAAAAAUUGAUUACGCACAAGUAAAAGCAUCAGAUUUAUGUCUUUCUUUCUUAAAAUCAGUAUUAUCUAUUAAUCCAUAAGUACGACCUUCAGCAUAUGAGGUCUUACAUCACGAAUGGUUUAUCAAAACUUUAGGUGAGUCAAAUUAUUUUCAAUUGCUCAAUAAUAAUGGACAACAAGUGUAACCCAUCUAACCCAUUUCUAAAGGUAUCCUCAAUCAUUUAUCUCAUAUCAUUUAGAAAUUUAAAACUUCCAAGCCAUACAAUCUAUGAUGGAUGAAGAACAGGAUGAAUCAAGCAAUAGCAAAAUUUAAAUAGAGAUUCCUCAACCCACCACUUAACAUCGAACUAAUAACAAUGGCUAUUAUUAGAGUUCUAUUCCAUAAUAAUAGUAGCCCUAAUAAUAAUUGUAAAUAGCUAUAGAUAAUAUAUAAGAGGCUAUUAAAUAAAUCAAAAUUAAGCAGUAAGUAAGAGAUUUAAAUUACUUGACUUAAAUGCUUCAUAUGUAACAUAAAGAAAUGUCAGGUAUAGAUUGA